AUGCCAGCUGAAGUCAAACAGGAGCAGAGUCCCAGCAACGCCACGUCCCUGUCCAUGAUGCAGGAGCCCCAGGAGGUGAUGGAGGAGACGGUGACCAUUGAAGAGGACCCCGGGACUCCAACCUCGCACGUCUCCGUGGUAACCUCCGAUGAUGGGACCACCCGGCGCACGGAAACCAAGGAUAUUUCUCAGAACCUGAAGGUGACUAAAGUGAUCAAAACCAUCACACGCCGAACGUACCAUCCAGUGAUUCUGUCUGAGGGUCUCAUGGUGGAGUCCAGGCCCGUGACCCGCACCCCCACCCCCACCCCAGUGUCUGUUUGUGAGACCGCCCCGGGGGACACUGAACCAGUGACUAAAAUGGUGAAGACGGUGACCACGCGAACAGUGCGCCAGGUUCCCCUUGGCCCGGACGGCUUGCCCCUGCCCGAAGGAACCUCCCCUCUGGGCAGCUACGACUCGAUCGACCGGCGCUACAUGAAGAACGGAGGCUACAUCACCCCGCAAGCCACCUCCACCCUCACUCGCGCCUACAACAACUCCUACAACGACUCAUACGCGGACACGCCCGAGAGCCAGUACAUCCGGCAUUAUGCGCUGCACGAUGGCUAUGCCGGUCUGACAGACAACUACGGAAGCCUGUCCCGCGGGGUCAACUACCGGCCCCCGCGCUACCCCUACAUGCCGAACAGCUACCACCCUGAGAACAGCUACACUUUGCCGAUUCGCAAAGACGACUACGGUCACGUUGCGCAGCCGCAGGUGCCGAUGGGCAGCAGCACAGUGGAUUUGAACCGGUCGCAGCCGGAGAGGUUUCAGCCCGAGCCGUACGGGCUGGAGGACGAUAGGCGGAGCAUGGGAGCAGAGGAGGAGGAGCCUUACGAGCUGGAGCCGGAUUAUUCCACUGCAAACAGGCGCACUCUGCCGUCGGCCAACAGAGGGCGCACUCACCGGGAACCGCUGCGCAACGGGCCCCGAGUCAGGGGUUACCCAGACGAGGCGGUCGACGCAGUUGAGUUGAUUGACGACCGCCACCACCCAUACAUCCACGGCAUGUACUCCGCUCCGCUGGCCCAACCCGAGAGGGGAAGCAUGGCCAGCCUGGACCGCAUGGUGGGCCGCCGCUCCCCCUCCAUCGACAGCAUACGCAAAGACCCACGCUGGAGGGACCCCGACCUACCCGAAGUCAUCGCCAUGCUCGGACACCCAAUCGAUCCGGUGAAGUCCAACGCGGCCGCUUACUUGCAGCAUCUGUGCUACGAAAACGACAAAAUUAAGAAAGAUGUGCGUCAGUUGAAGGGAAUACCGGUGCUGGUGGGGCUCCUGGACCACCCCAAAUCAGAGGUGCAUCGUAAGGCCUGCGGGGCACUGCGAAAUAUCUCCUACGGGAAGGACAAUGACAACAAGGUGGCCAUCAAAAACUGUGACGGGAUCCCGGCUCUCGUCCGACUGCUGAGGAAGACCAACGACAUGGAGGUCAGAGAGCUCAUCACCGGAACCUUGUGGAACCUGUCGUCGUACGAGCCUCUGAAGAUGGUGAUCAUAAACCACGGCCUGCAGACUUUGACCAACGAGGUGAUCAUCCCUCACUCGGGCUGGGAAAACGAGCCCAAUGAAGACUCCAAGCCUCGAGACGCAGAGUGGACUACGGUCUUCAAGAACACUUCGGGCUGUCUCAGAAACGUGAGUUCAGACGGAGCAGAGGCUCGCCGUCGCCUGAGGGAGUGUGCUGGUUUGGUGGACGCCCUUCUCCACGCGCUGCAGUCGGCUGUCGGAAAGAAAGACAUGGACAAUAAGUCCGUGGAGAACUGCGUGUGCAUCAUGAGAAACUUGUCGUACCACGUGCACAAAGAGAUUCCAGGAGCCGAGAAAUUCCUGGAUCCCAACGGUCUGCAGGCUCCAGGCUCCGCUGGGCCCCAGAGGAAGAAGAAGGACGACGCAGGCUGCUUCGGAGGCAAGAAGGCCAAAGGCAGGAAAAAUGGUGAAAACGACAAAAACUAUGACACGUUGGAUCUUCCCAAACGCACUGAACCAUCUAGAGGUUUUGAGCUGCUGUAUCAGCCUGAAGUGGUGCGUCUGUACCUGUCUCUGCUGACCGAGAGCCAGAACUACAACACUCUGGAGGCCGCUGCGGGCGCUCUGCAGAACCUCAGCGCGGGACAGUGGACCUGGUCAAACUACAUUCGUGCCACAGUGCGUAAGGAGAAAGGGCUUCCCAUCCUGGUGGAGCUGCUGCGUUCCGACUCAGACAAAGUGGUCCGAGCUGUGGCCAUCGCUCUACGGAAUCUCUCUAUUGAUCGACGCAACAAAGACCUGAUAGGAAGCUACGCCAUGCGGGACUUAGUGAGCAACCUGCCCAGCGGUCAGCAGAGGCCAGCCAAAAACCUGGAGGAAGACACUGUGGUUGCUAUACUCAACACCAUCCACGAGAUCGUGACGGACAGCUCAGAGAACGCUCGCUCCCUCAUUCAAGCACAGGCCAUCGAGAAGCUGGUGGCGAUCAAUAGGACAAGCCAAUCCUCUCGUGAGACAAAAGCAGCUUCACAUGUUCUACAGACAGUGUGGAGCUACAAGGAGCUGAGGAACGCUCUGACCAAGGACGGGUGGAACAAAAGCCACUUCCAGCCCACAGUAACAUCGACCCCGAAAGCAACAAAGAAUGGUAGGACAGGCUACGACGACACCACUUUACCACUAAUGGAGAAAAACCAAGACGGCUACACCACCAUUGACCACCGAGACAAGGAGUGCAAAUACAGGAACGACGGAUCGGUGGUGGACAUGACAGAACGGGAGCCUCUGAAGGCUUAA